UGCCCUGCUUCAGCUCGUUCUUCCGGCUUCCCAUCAUGCAACGCUCCGUAAAACUACGCAAUGGCUGCGCCCGUUCACAACAAUUAAAUUGGAUGUCAUCUUUUUUUGAGGUGGGGUUCUUGCACCCACGACUACAUUAGUAUUAAAUUAAUAUUAGUGUUAUCAGCCGAGUCUUCAGAAUGCCGAAAUAUUACGAGGAUAAAGAGGAAGACAACCGAGCCUGUGCCGGCAUCAGAGAGGACUUCAAGACGUGCCUCCUUCAACAUGACUGCGUCGUAAAGGAAGGGAAGAUGCCCAGUGAGUGCUUGAAGGAAGGCCACUGCAAAUCUCUCCAGAUAUCGUUCUUCGAAUGCAAGCGGUCCAUGCUGGACACAAGGUCAAGAUUCAGAGGAAGAAAAGGAUAUUAAAGAACUAAGAUGGCGUCAUUUACUCAAGACUGCAAGGCGCACUGUGCCAAGUGAAGCUUCUCCUCCUCCUCUUUAUUUGAACAAAUAUUUAACAAACAUACAUUUUGUCAAAAUAUUUAACACUGCACUCUGAUGCAAAAUGUUUCUUAAAAACAAAGCAAAUAAAAGAGGAGGCAUUUUUUGCUUUGA